AGAUUGGCGCAGAGGAAUGGAGGGAACGUACAGUUGCCUUUCUCCCGCGCCAUGGCCGCUGCUUCAAACCUCCCUCCUCUUCUCUCCUUUCCCUGCAGUACCAGGGUCCCGCGCGCAUGGCGUCUCCGGCAUCAGCCGAUGGUUUUCCGGCACUCUUGUCCACCGAUCCGCCGGAGAAUUGCCCGGUCGGCCUAUAUUUCCCCUCCUGUCUCCGAUCCCAACGUCGGGAAGAUCGACGACGAUCGGCCGUCGACGGGCUCUAGGUUCUCCGGUGUUGCGUCGGAGACCGCGAUUAGUUGGGGGCUCUUGUGGAGCUUGCUGAGCAAGCAGAAGCGGGGGCUUGCCGUCGCCUUCGUUUCUCUUCUGGGAUGCACGACGUGCACCCUCUCGAUGCCGAUUUUGUCUGGGAGGUUCUUUGAGGUGCUUGUGGGAAGGAGGACGGAGCCACUGUUGGAGUUGCUUGCAAAGGUUGGGGUUCUGUAUGUGCUGGAGCCGGUCUUCACUGUUAUCUUUGUUGUGAACAUGAGUGGCAUCUGGGAGAAAGUCAUGACGGCACUGCGAGCCCGGGUUUUCCGGAGGAUACUUGUUCAGAAGGUGGAGUUUUUUGACCGAUAUAAGGUUGGGGAGCUGACAGGUUUGCUCACUUCUGAUUUGGGUUCCCUAAAAGAUAUUGUUAGUGAAAACAUCUCAAGGGAUCGUGGGUUUAGAGCCUUCUCUGAGAUUCUGGGAACAAUAUGCAUACUUUUCUCACUGUCGGCCCAGCUUGCUCCAGUUUUGGGCUUCUUAAUGCUUUCAGUAUCCAUCCUUGUGGCUGUUUACAAGCGGUCAACUGUCCCCGUAUUCAAGUCUCAUGGGAUGGCUCAAGCUCAUAUUUCUGACUGCGCAACCGAAACAUUUUCUGCUAUUCGAACGGUGAGAUCUUUUGGUGGUGAGAAACGACAGAUGUCAAUGUUUGCUAAUCAGGUUCUUGCAUACCAAGCCAGUGGGAUGAAGCUUGGAACUUUGAAAUCUGCCAAUGAGUCUCUAACAAGAAUAAUGGUCUAUGUCUCAUUGAUGGCUUUGUAUUUUCUUGGUGGACACAAAGUGAAGGCUGGUGAACUCUCUGUUGGAACAAUGGCAUCUUUUAUUGGUUACACGUUCACUUUGACUUUUGCUGUUCAAGGUGGUGUAAACACAAUUGGUGAUCUGCGUGGAACUUUUGCAGCCAUUGAAAGGAUUAAUUCUGUUUUAUCUGGUAAAGAAACAGAUGAAUCAUUGGCUUAUGGCAUAGAAAAAGAUAUCCGAGGCAAGAGGUUAGAUAAUGAGAAUCUUGAUUUGCUCUAUGGAAAUGAUUCUGUUGAACAAAUUCAGUCACGAGGUGGGCAUGUUAGAACGGCAUUGAAAUCAAGCACUGACUCUUGCAAUGUGGCUUGGUCUGGUGACAUAUGUCUUGAAGAUGUAACUUUCUCGUAUCCAUUGAGAUCUGAUGUGGGUGUCUUGAAUGGGUUGAACCUAACACUGAAGUGUGGAAAAGUAACAGCUCUUGUUGGUCCUAGUGGUGCUGGAAAAAGUACAAUUGUGCAAUUAUUGGCACGCUUCUAUGAGCCAAUCAAAGGUCGGGUUACAGUGGCAGGUGAAGAUGUCCGGACAUUUGAUAAGAGUGAAUGGGCUCAAGUUAUUUCCAUAGUGAAUCAGGAGCCAGUUCUGUUCUCAGUUUCAGUUGGAGAAAACAUUGCAUAUGGACUGCCGGAUGAAAAUGUUUCCAAAGAGGAUGUUGUGAAAGCUGCCAAGGCUGCAAAUGCCCAUGAAUUUAUAGUUUCCCUCCCACAGGGCUAUGAUACACUUGUUGGUGAACGUGGGAGCUUGCUAAGUGGAGGUCAGAGACAGAGAAUCGCAAUUGCUCGAGCACUUCUGAAAAAUGCUCCAAUUCUAAUACUUGAUGAGGCAACCAGUGCGCUAGAUGCUGUUAGUGAGCGCCUUGUCCAGGAUGCUCUCAACCAUCUGAUGAAAGGAAGGACAACCCUGGUGAUUGCUCAUAGACUAAGUACAGUUCAGAAUGCUGAUCAGAUUGCUGUAUGUGUGGAUGGCAAGAUCGUCGAACUGGGAACUCAUUCAGAGCUGAUUGCUCUGAAUGGUCAGUAUGCAACACUGGUUGGGACUCAGAGGCUUGCCUUCAAAUAAGCCUGCAACCGAACACUGGUUGGGACCCAGUUUUCUGCUUGCGCAGUAUCUGCUAAGCAUAAGCAUAGCUUGCCAUUAUGCUUCUUCUGAAUGAUGAGCAUCUCUUUUGCUCUGCUCCAAGGCCAUGCAGCCAACGAGCAUUUCCUUUUUGCCUGCAUUGUGAUGAGAAAAGUUUGUUAUACAUGACACUGAUUUAUAAUAAGAUGACGAUAGAAGACCUAAUGUAAUAAGAUUGAUAUCAGUUAUUAGAGUCUGGGAAUGUUGUAAAACAUGAA